ACGUGAAGGAGUUGCAGCAGUUCCUAGGCUUCGCUAAUUACUACAACAGGUUCGUGCCACAGUAUGCGAAACUCGCGGCACCACUCACGAAUCUGUUGAAGAAGAACACGCCCUACCAAUGGGAGACGAAGCACCAGGAAGCCGUGGAGCAGCUGAAACAAGCCCUAACAUCCGCACCGGUGCUCAUCUUGCCAGAUCCCGAACGUGACUACGUCAUUGAAGCAGACGCCAGUGAUCAGGCCGUGGGGGCAGUCUUGAUGCAAGACCAGGGGAAUGGACUGCAACCAAUUGCCUACCUCAGCAAGAAACUACACGGGGCAGAACUAAACUACCCGAUACACGAUAAAGAGGCUCUUGCUAUUGUCAUCGCCUUCAAAGCAUGGAGAUGUUAUCUCGAAGGACGCAGAACAACCGUCUACACCGACCACUGCAGCCUGAAAUACUUGAAGACACAACCUAACCUUUCCAGGCGGCAGGUCCGGUGGAUCGACUUCCUCGAGACGCACUUCCACUACGACAUCGUGUACAAGCCCGGCCACAAGAACAAAGCAGACGCUCUCAGCCGGCCUGCACACGUUGCCGCUAUUCAGGCUGAAGGGAUGAAUCCACUACUCAAGGGACUCUUCACACACGGGUACGCCAUCGACCCCGAAAUUCCCUUGGCAGAAAAACGACACCUGCUACAGUGGGACAGUGACAUCGCGUACCGGAAAGGAUCAACGAAAAUUUGGGUACCCAAUUACCCUCCUUUGCGCCAGUUACUACUCAAAGAAUACCACGACGUCCUAUACGCCGGCCACUUCGGUAGCAACAAGACGCUGACCGGUAUCGCGAAGCACUACUACUGGCCCCACUUGGCAGACGACGUUCAGAAGUUCGUCACCUCGUGUGAUACAUGUCAACGGAUGAAGAGCAGUAAGCAGAAGAAAGCAGGACUGCUACAGCCUCUUCCCGUCCCAGAACAACCAUGGCAAGUCGUUAGCCUGGAUUUCAUCACCGGGUUACCACCUACCACCAGCGGUCAUGACGCGAUCCUCGUCGUCAUUGACAAGUUCUCCAAAAUGGGACACUUCAUCCCGACACACACGACAGCACGCACCGAGCAGACAGCACAGCUCUUCGUUCGUCACAUCAUCUCACAGCAUGGCAUCCCAAUCACACUCAUUUCCGACCGAGACCCCAAGUUCACCAGCAAGUUCUGGAAGGAACUUAUGUCUCUGCUCGGCACCAAACUCGCCAUGUCAUCCGCAUAUCAUCCGCAGACAGACGGACAGACCGAGCGCCUUAACCAGAUUGUUGAGCAACUCCUCCGAGCAGCCUGCAAGGACGAGAUCUCCAAAUGGGACUUGCACCUGCCCGUCCUAGAGUUUGCCUACAACAACGCUACACACGCCGCUACGGGACAGACGCCGUUCUUCCUCUGCUACGGACGCCACCCACUCACACCACAGAAACCGCCAACACCAGCAACAGUCCAACCUGCACACGACUUCAUCACAACCAUGCAUCAGCUUUGGGAUCGGACCCAUAAGCGCCUCCUUGACAUUCAACAGCAACAGAAGCGCCAGGCCGAUCGCCAUCGCAACGACCACACCAUCACGGUGGGGGACCAGGUGCUUCUCGACACCCGUAACCUGGACAUCAGCCAUCUCCCAUCUAAACUUCGACCUCGCUUCUGCGGGCCUUUUCUCGUUGAAGCACAGGUCACUCCUGUUACCUUCCGCUUACGCCUGCCAGCUACCUGGAAGAUUCACAACGCCUUCCAUGUCCAACUUCUGAAGCCCUAUCGGGAUCCUAACACGAUCUUCGUCGGACGCCAACCGCCGCCGCCGCCACCCGUCCUCGUCCAAAAUGAACCCGAAUACGAGGUCGAGUCCGUGCUUGCACACCGCCGUCGUCGGAAUGGUACCGUGGAGCUUCUUAUUCGCUGGAAGGGUUAUGAUCCUUCUGAGGACAGCUGGGUCUCUGAGACCGACAUGGGUAACGCCCGUCGUCCUCUGCAUGACUACCUUGUCAAGCAGGGUGUUACUUCUACCACCCAGCUUUGAGGGGGGGAAGUGUGAGAGUAC